GAGGGAGAGAGAUAACAAAAGAACCUGUUUUUCAGGGGUGAUCAUUUCUGAUUAUCUCUUUUAAUAUUUCCUCGAGUUUUCUUGCAAAAUUCUUUUGGUUUCUUCUUCCCUUAAUUGAACAGAAAGUUAAGGGAGGAGGAAAACAGGGCAAAAAAUACGAAGCAGACCCCUUAAUUCCAGAAAAUAUUGUAUUUUUUGGGAAGUGGGGGUCUCAAAUUUCUGCAAAAAAUCAAAUUUUUAGAAGUACGAAUUUGAUAUUUCAUCAAAUUAUUAGAUUUCCUGAAAUGGGAUGUUGAUGUCAUACCAAAGGUUGGAGUUUUAUUUCACAAGCCGGGAUUUGGUGCUAAUUUUGAAACAAAAUUAGGUCUUCUGAAUUGGGGGUGGAUUUUGGGAUUUUUUCCCCUUCCCUAAUUGAAAAUGCCAACAAUUGAAACAGAAAAUGUGGAGUGUGUUUAUGCAUCAGAUGGAGUUGAGGAUGAAGAAAUUUCUUCACACCCUUUCCCCAAGAAACAUUAUUCUUCAAAACCUCACAAUUUGUUAUCUCCUGUGAUUACUACCCCUACUAGUGUUUAUGAAUUGCUGGAGUGCCCUGUUUGCACAAAUUCCAUGUACCCCCCAAUCCAUCAGUGUCACAAUGGGCACACUAUCUGUUCGACAUGUAAGGCACGGGUGCAUAACCGGUGCCCUACCUGCAGACAAGAGCUAGGGGACAUCAGGUGCUUGGCGCUCGAGAAGGUUGCAGAGUCGCUGGAGCUGCCCUGCAGGUACCACUCGCUAGGCUGCCCGGAGAUAUUCCCCUACUACAGCAAACCCAAACACGAAGCAGUUUGCGAUUUCCGACCAUAUAGUUGUCCAUAUGCUGGAUCAGAGUGUAUAGUAACAGGAGACAUUCCUGAUCUCGUUGCUCACUUGAGAGACGACCAUAAAGUGGACAUGCACUCAGGAUGCACGUUCAAUCACAGAUACGUGAAGUCAAAUCCUCGUGAAGUAGAAAAUGCGACAUGGAUGUUGACUGUAUUCAAUUGUUUUGGGCAAUAUUUCUGCCUUCACUUUGAAGCAUUUCAGAUGGGAAUGGCACCUGUUUACAUGGCGUUCCUACGUUUCAUGGGCGACGAAGUUGAAGCCCGAAACUAUAGCUACAGCUUAGAGGUAGGAGGAAAUGGUAGAAAGCUCACGUGGGAAGGCACCCCACGAAGCAUUAGAGAUAGUCACCGUAAGGUUAGGGAUAGCCACGACGGUCUUAUCAUCCAACGCAACAUGGCACUCUUCUUCUCCGGAGGCGACAAGAAGGAGCUUAAGCUCAGAGUUACCGGAAGGAUCUGGAAGGAGCAUCAGAAUCCAGAUUCUGCUGGGGCUUGUGUACCUAGUCUUUCUACCUGAUCAGAUUCACUCCUGUAAAUUUUUAACUUCUCUACUCCUGCAUGUAUUACCAGAGUUAAUACCAUUACCUUUGGUUGCUAAA